CGGUGCGGGAGGGGAAGCCUGCCUGAAAGCGCGUACAGGCCGCUCGGGGCGGCCCCGGCGUCCCCGGGCAGCGCAGGUGCCGGCAGGACCGUGGAGGCGCCUCGGGGUGCUGGGCCGAAGCUUCCGCUCGUGCGGGGGAACUGCUGUGAUGAGAAGGUGACAGGUCACGGGAAUAAUAACUACUAUGGAACCUUGGCAGCCUUGUAGGUUUGGAAGGCUUAAAUCCAAGUUCGGAAAGGCCUUUUCCAGUCCUGAUGAUUUGCUGGCUAAAGCGCUUAAUUAGGAUGGCUUUUGAACAAAUUGGAUUGAACAUGGAAUCAGUGCUUUGGUCAAGCAAGCCUUAUGGUUCAUCUCGAAGUAUUGUAAGAAAAAUUGGUACUAACCUCUCUCUUAUACAGUGUCCAAGAGUUCACUUUCAGCUUAUUUCUCAUGUGGCGGAAGGAAACACUCCUGCUCACCUCAGAGAAGAUGCAGUGGCCUCCUUCGCUGAUGUGGGGUGGAUUGCUGAGGAAGAAGGUGAAGACUCUACAAGGCUCAGGUCAGAAGUUUGGUUAAAAACAACCCAGCCUCUUCCAGGUGAAGCACAUCAUUCCAGGAAGCCCCCACACAGACAAACGUCCUUGCAGAGCCCGGCGGGAGAGGAGCCAGUGCCCAGGAGCGCCGUGAUGGCAAACGAAGAGGCACUGCAGAAGAUCAGUGCCCUGGAAAAUGAACUGGCCUCUUUAAGAGCACAGAUAGCCAAAAUUGUAACCUUGCAAGAACAGCAGAACUUGACAACAGUUGGGUCCAGUCCACUUGCUCCAGCUGCUGUCCCUGUUCCACCUCCGCUACUGCCACCACCUCCUCCUCCUCUGCCUCCACCCCCUCCCUCAAGUCUGGGUCACAGUAAGUCUGCAAUUGAUCUCAUUAAAGAGAGGAAAAACCAAAAAACGAACGCUGGCCAGAAUGUGGUGGAAAAUGGGCCAAAGAAGCCUGAAGUACCAAACAUGCUAGAAAUCCUCAAAGACAUGAACAGUGUGAAACUGCGCUCGGUGAAAAGAUCCUCAGAAGGUACAAAACCUAAAGUGUCUCAGCCUGCAGAUCCUGCAACGUUAAUAGCAGAAGCUCUCAAAAAGAAAUUUGCGUAUCGAUACCGAAAUGAUAGCCAAGGUGAAACAGAAAAAGUGAUUCCAAAGGCUGAAACAAAGAAACAAACAAAGACUGAGGUAGUGCUGUUUGGACCACACAUGCUGAAGUCUACAGGAAAAAUGAAGACUUUAAUUGAAAAAUCUUAAAGAUUAUUCUGCAAAAGACUGUUAAGCUGCUUUGUAUAAAAUAUUUUAUGUUGCAAAUA